AUGGUUGUGGACCCAGAUGUAAUGGAAUACGUCACAACAACGUCACUUCAUGACCAACUUAAGGUAGUUUUGGCUACGAAGAAAAUUGAAAUUGACUGGAAGAUGAAACGCAGUACAGCCGUUCUAUUGUAUCACGGAGAGGAUAAUAGUACCUCACGGGGGUCUGAAUGUACAGAGGAAGUACAAACAUGGCUUGACAAGCUUAAAAAGCAAGACGUUGAAGUCAACAAAGCUUUCUGGGAAGACGUCAAAGCUCAGUUACCAAGUAUCCGCGCUUGUUUUGGAGUUCAAUCUCCACUGGUUAAAAUAAUCGAUGAUUCUUUCGUUGUCAGAAUUGUGUCCCUAGCUUCAGAUGCAGAAGAUUUAAAAGAGAAAUUAAAAGCAAAAUUAGAGGAAAUAUACCAGAAGGAAACCAGAAAAACGUAUGUGACGAAAACGGAAAAGGUUUCUUUGGAACAUUUAACUUUGUUAAAGAAGAUCCGGUUCGUGGAAAAGCUUAAAGAAAAAAACAAAGAACUGGCGAUAAAAUUAGACACUGAAGCAGAGGAAAUCUAUUUUGAAGGCCCACAACCAUUGCUCUUAGAAGUGACCACGAAAUUCCACGAACAAAUUUCGGGCAUGGUUGAAAAGAAAUUAAGCCUGUCAAAAAACAUUUUGAAAAUUUUGUCUUUAGAUGAAGGGCUGGAAAAAGUCAAAUGUGAAUUAGAAAAAUACAACGUGGAGGCUGUUUUCGUGAUCGAUAGCGAGGCUCGGAUCAUAGGCACGUCAGCAGCGCAUGCGGUCAAGGCUGCCAGUCUUGUAAGUAAGUUGACUUUGGAGGAGAAAGUUCUGAAGGACGGCAACGGUCGCCAGCUAUUGAAAACCACAGAAUGGUACCAACUUUGUGAGCAACUCAACGCCAGCUCAGCCGUCCUAGUUCAUGGGAACAACUGGAAUGAUACCUACGUAUCUGGGUUUCGGGAAGAUGUCCGAGAAGCAAUUAAGACGCUAACUACGUGCCUAGAUACCAACUGCAUACGAGAAGAGCAAAUGAAAUGUUCUUCUAAAUUAGUCCGAAAAUAUCUCUCUGAGCUUCGUCAAGAUGACCUGUCUUCAAUUGAAGUUCAACUCCGCCAUGAAGUCAAGAUUCAAACAGGAAAAGGUGAUGAUGAUUUUGUCAUUUGGGGGAACAAAGAGGGGAUAAAACGUGCGAAAAGUAUGUUAGAAGCUCUUGCAGAUAGUACCGAAUGUGAAAUUUUAAAUGUGAAACAGCCAGGCCUGAGAAAUUUUUUUGCCAGCGGAAACGGUGACCUGCUUGUGAGUUCUGUGGAGAAGAAUCACGCAUGUGUUAUCCAUAUCCAGAAAAAAGAUGAGAUGCCCACUGUCACAGAAGCAAUUGCGAAGCCAGGCAAUGAAGACAGCGACGACGACGACGACGACGACUAUGAUGGUGCUGCUGCUGAUGAUGAUGAUAUUGGGGAGGUUGGCGAUAAGGAUGAAGAGAAUAUGAAUAAUAUAGUGACCAGCACUGAUUCUUCCACCCUUGUUACAGGAAGUGGUCACAAAAUUUCAUGGAAACCUGGAAACAUCAAAACGCAGCAGGUAUGUUACGUUCAAUGCAUUCCGGCUAUAUAGUAUAAAAAACUCACUGAUUUCUUUGAGAAAAAGAUAUAGUGGUCUGCGCUUGGCUACUGAAAAAAUAAAAUUUAUCCUUCUCGUUGUGUCGUUGAGUGCCCUGUUUUGCUUUAAAACGUCGUUCCCUUUACAGUCAAGCUAAGUCAUGCGUAUCCCCAAAGAUUACAUUAAUGAAUUUAUUAUUCGAAAGUUGAAUCAGUUUUCAGAUUCAUCUCAGUCAGUCUGCAUUCUUGCAUACGUAAUGAUGAGCCGUGAAUUCACACGCAAGGCAGUUACGAAAUUUCUACCAGCUCAUUUUCCCUGAAUUUGAUGUAAAUGUCUUCUAUGAAAUUUAACCCAUUAAAAUAUUUUCAAUCUGACCAAAUACAGAGAAGUCCUCGUAAAAUAUUCACUGCUCGUUACAUCUUUUUGCUUCAAAGCGAUUACAUUCAGGAUCCCUUCUUGUUUCUGUUUGAGUGUAAUAUUUGCUUUUCCAACUUUUUCUAAUCCAUAUUUCAUGCCUUAUCUGGACCACUUCUCUCCGCCAUCUUCUGCCUAGUGUAACCGGAAAUGCACGAUUUGCGGACUCAAAAUCCCAUCUGACCAGUGGUCCCGAUCCCGCCGAUCCCCGUCGCCGACCAAAAGGAUCGCAGCCUCUGGGAACGAGAUUGAUUUAUGUCAAAUUUCAGAAAAUGAUAUCUUCCACCUGAAAUUUUCAGAAUUUCACCUGUGUUUUCACAAUUUUUGUGACAUUUGAUAUUUAUUUUCUCGGGCUCCCAUGAGAAAUAGACUUUGGUGUUAUUACAGAUAAUCAAUUAUAUUUAUAGCCCUUGAAAGAUGCAAAUAGAAUGCGAUAUUGUUUUAAUUAUUCUGGUACAACGUUUUUGUCCACUAAAAAUUGAAAUUACUCAAUUUCCUGAAGGAUUCCGUCUUAAUCACUCAUAACGAGAGCCGGACCGUACAAGAGAAAUGGUUUACCCGUUUCUUAUCUGGGUCCUGCCAUUUUGCACGUUUUGCACCUUAUUUAGGAAAACACUGUUUUAUGACACAACCAAAUGCCUCUUUUAUGGUUAAAAACUAACGUCGAACUGUGGCAAGGUCCAACCCACAUGAAACAGAAUCAAGCGUCCAAAGAAGACCGCGUAGUUAAGUCACAAUUGUUGAAUAGAACUGAAGCCAAUUUUAAUUCAAUUGCAGGCUAACAUUCUGGUCAGUUCACAAGGUGCAUGCUCCCAGGCUAUCGUCAGUGCGGGUGGGCAGGCAAUGAGGCAAAACUUGGUAAUUCCAAACACUGGUGACAUCACAGUUACUCGUGGAUCAGGGAAGCUGGCCUGUGAUCACGUGAUCCAUGUAAACUGUUCCAAGUGGCAUGGUGGAACGGGGGAGCUGGUAAGUGAUAUAAUUGACACUGAAAAUGAAGAAAUGAUCGUCGCAGUGAACGCAAUUUAUGCAAUUGCGUAAAGAAGCCUGAAAAAAAAAUACCACACUCAUUUCUUUCACGGGAACAUAUGAACCCACAAUUGACCUGCUCCCAACGUCAGUGGCUUCAUAGCUCAGUUGGUAGAGCAUCGCACCGGUAUCGCGAGGUCACGGGUUCAAACCCCGUUGAAGUCCUGAAUUUUUUUUUUCAGGCUUCUUUACGCAAUUGCAUAAAUUGCGUUCACUGCGACGAUCAUUUCUUCAUUUUCAUUUCAUUUCCGCAGUUCAUAUAUGAUUUAUUUCAUAUAUCAUUAACACUCAUUUCUUUCCAGGGAACAUAUGAACCCACAAUUGACCUGCUCCCAACGUCAGUGGCUUCAUAGCUCAGUUGGUAGAGCAUCGCACCGGUAUCGCGAGGUCACGGGUUCAAACCCCGUUGAAGUCCUGAAUUUUUUUUUUCAGGCUUCUUUACGCAAUUGCAUAAAUUGCGUUCACUGCGACGAUCAUUUCUUCAUUUUCAAUUCAUUUCCGCAGUUCAUAUAUGAUUUAUUUCAUAUAUCAUUAACACAUAAUUGACACUCUAGCUUAUUACACUUAGUUCAUGACUUUAGCCCCAUAGUUUUCCAUAGCUCAGCGGUAGAGCAUCAUAAUAACCAAAAGGUCAAGAAAAAUCUAAUUGGGAUAACUUACUUUUUUGAGUCGCCUGUGUCACUAAAUAAAAAAGAAAUAAUCUUCAUAAAUCAUUCUAGUUUGCAUUGCUUGUCAUCAAUUACAAAGCUACAAUGACAGCCCAAAUAAACCACCCUGCUUGCAAUGUAGUUUGUUUGGAAGAACUAUCAGAACUAGAUUCCCUCUUUAGGUAGUCAAGGUAACAUUUAUUCAUCUGCCUUUAGAAGGAAGUGUUUCAGCCAGUCGUUACAAAAACUAGUUAUAUUUUUAUCUUUAACCGCCACUGAAUUCACUUUUAAAGUUGUAUUUUAGGUCUUACGAGGCAUCGUCCAAAAAUGUCUACAGAAGGCUGAUGAGCUUGGAGGAGUAUCAAUAGCAUUUCCAGUCAUAGGCACUGGAAACCUCAGGUUUUCCCUGCCACAGCUUCCAGGAUCAUGUUAG